UCCGUGAUAACGGAGUCUGUUCCGGAGUGACGGAAUUUAGUAUUUUCAAAGGGAAGCUACUGCGGUCACGAAAGAAUCCACUUCCUGAAUUUAUUUAUUCAGCUAUUCCGAAAGUCGAUUUCGAAAUAAAGGAAACAUCUGCUGUUUUGAUAAAGUAAUAAACAUACAAAAUGAGUUAUCCAUAUGGAGGAGGUGGCUACCCAGGUCAAGGUCAGCCCGGAUACCCAGGCCAGGGCUUCCCCCAGCCCGGAGGUGGUUACCCCCAGCAAGGAUAUGGUGCACCACAACCAGGGGUUGGCAUGCCAACACCAGAGUCUGCGUCUGCUGCAGCAUAUGGUUCUCAGCCUGGUGGAAUGCCGUAUGGCACAGCGCCACCUGGUGGAGCUCCAGGAGGGCUAGGAUUCGGGAUGCCUCAAGGACCUCCACAACCAGGUUACCCACAACCACCUAAUGUUUCUAUGCCAGCUGGUCCUGGAGCUGGACAACCCACAUAUCAGCAAAAUGUGGGCUAUGGACAAAAUCCGGCUUAUAACACACCUGUACCUCAGCCAGGGUACAACCCACCAGGAGCCCCGGGCUAUCCUGCACAAGGUGGUGCCCCAGGCUAUCCUCAGGCAGGUGGUGCACCAGGAUACCCACAGGCAGGGGGAGCACCAGGCUACCCAGGUCAGGCACCAGCUGGGGGAGCACCAGGCUACCCAGGUCAGGCACCAGGUCAAGCACCAGCUGGGGGAGCACCAGGCUACCCAGGUCAGGCACCAGCAGGUGGCUAUGGAGGUUAUGGACAGAGUCAGCCUGGGGCUCCAGCAUCAGCCCCAGGAGGUAUGUCGUAUGCCCCCAAUGUAACUGCAGGACAGAAUGUGUCGGCUCUGGGACAGGGAGGGGCACAUACAGGAUAUAAAGUUAGGGAAGAUCCUACUUUGAGGCCAGCUGCAAAUUUCAGUCCUGAAAAUGAUGCCAAAAUUCUGAGAAAGGCAAUGAAGGGAUUUGGUACGGAUGAGAAGGCUAUUAUCGACAUCUUGGCUUACAGAACCAACAGUCAGAGGCAACAGAUCAAACAGAUGUUUAAAACCUGUUUUGGAAAGGAUUUGAUUCAAGACUUGAAAAGUGAGUUGGGUGGUAAUUUUGAAGAUGUUAUUCUCGCCUUGAUGAUGAGUACAGAGGAGUAUGAUGCUUACGAACUCAAGAGGGCAAUGAGGGGUAUUGGAACAGACGAGGAUGCAAUGAUUGAGAUUCUAUGUUCUAGAAGUAAUGCUCAGAUACAGAAAAUCAACCAGACAUACCAGCAUAUGUAUAGACAAAAGUUGGAAAAAGACAUCAUUAGUGAUACAUCAGGACAUUUUAAACGUCUGAUGGUUUCUAUGGCUAAUGGUGGUAGAAUGGAGAACCAGGCUGUAGAUAUGAACAAAGCUAAUACAGAUGCUCAAUCCCUGUAUCAAGCUGGAGAAAAGAGAUGGGGUACAGACGAGUCACAGUUUAAUGUAAUCAUGGCAUCGCAAAGUUUUGAGCAGUUGAGGGCGGUAUUUGACGCAUAUUCUAAAAUCUCUGGUAGAGACAUUGAGCAAGUAAUUAAGAGUGAAAUGUCUGGAAAUCUUGAACUUGGAAUGCUUGCUAUUAUAAAGUGUGUGCGGAACAAGCCAGGUUACUUUGCAGAAAAAUUAUACAAAUCAAUGAAGGGUGCUGGUACAGAUGACAGGACGCUGAUCCGAGUUAUUGUAACCCGUGCCGAGGUAGAUAUGGUGCAGAUUAAACAAGAGUUCCAGAAGAUGUAUGGUCAGAGCCUGGAGCAGUUUGUCAGGGGUGACACAUCAGGAGAUUAUCGGAGGUGUUUGCUUUCUCUGAUAGGAGGAUCAUACUGAGCGCCACAUCUAUUUUGCCUUUUUUCCAUAUUUAUCACAUUACAUGUUCUUAGAUAUUUAGUUUCGUUAUUUAUUGCCAUAUUAUUUUGAAUCCCUUUUGUUGCCAUGGAUACAGACAUUAUUUAGUAGUGUUAAAACAAUAGUUUGAGAAGACAAAUUUUGUUGUGAUGUUGACUCGAGGCAGGAUUAAUGGACUUUAGCUGUAAGAGAUUGGAACUGUGCAUACCGGUAAUGCAUUUGUGAAAGGCAGACGUAAUAAGAUGAGUGUUUUUUUUUAAUGGCAGUUGAGAAAAUGAAAAUAUAGCCAUAUUGUACAGCUUAAAUACAAGUGAACAGCUGGCAAACUUUUGUACCUGUACGCAAACAAAUCAAGGAUAUUUCCUUGUUUUGAAUUUUUUUACGUCUUUUAUUAAGUUGUUUAUGGUAAUCAGACUGGAUUUCUUAUAUUGUUCUUUGAAUAUUUAUUUGUAACUCUUGAAAACUGGGAUAAAAUAUAAUAAUGAAGUGUAAUUCAUUUUUUUUUAUUUACUCUCCAUUUACAAAUCAUGUUUUCUUACAUUUUGUCUGUACUGUUAAAUACUACAUAUUCAACACACAUGCGAUUUAAGAAUUUGAAAUCUAAGCAGAAAUCUUUUCUAGCCAGAAGUCUCAAUUUGUAUUAAAAUCUUAACUGGCAAAAACACAGCUAACUUAGGAUAAGUUUUGUACGACUUUGUAUUAUUUUAUAAUUUUAAUAAAAGCAUUAAAUCGACACGGCAUUCUUCACUUCUACAUAUCACAUACUGAUUAUUUUCUUUUUUCUGUCUUAUACAUGACCUAUUAUUGCUUGUAAAUAAAUCAACAUAUUUUACUGAUUAUACAUAAAAUUAUAGCAAUAUCGUGUUUUAAGUGCUAACCUGAUUCAUUGUACCAAUUUUACAUGCUGAAAAUAUGAUCAAGCCCACCCAAAAACCUCGAAGAAAAAUGUUUAACUCAAGUGUUUGAGUGGUUCGAGUCUCAGACUUGAACAGCUGACUCGUGUCCACUGGGUUUAAGCCUAAGUAGGAUCACAUACAGGGAAGCCUAUAGCUGGCUAGCUAGCUCCAGUUCAGUUGUUCUUAAACCCAGGUGCCUGUUGUUCUUCACGUUAAAUAAUUCCUAGAAAAAUUAUAGAAAAUUCUGUCCAUUUUUUUUCAGUAGUUUUGACCAGCCCACCUCGUCAAUUCGACAGUCCAACUUGUAAUAUAGAUAAAUAGUAUAGAUUAUACGAUCAAGAAAAUUGUGAUGUGUUCAUGUAUAAUUUUAUGAGCUGAGGUUAUAUGACAGGAACGUUUCAUGAUUCUCUAUAUAGUGAAAAUUUGAAUCUUUGGCAUGUUUACAAAAAAUUUUACCAGUCCUUAGAAACAUAUGAAAUCAUUUUUAUGAAAUGGGGGCCAAAGGGCACCAGGUAUCAGUUGUUGUUUUUUUACACAGAUUUAUACUAAAAGUUUAAAUUUAUACUUAAACUGUUUACUUUACUUUUGUUUUACUUCUUACAGUGACAAAUUAACGAUAUAAAGGAGACACAAAUUUGGAUCAAGACAUAUUUUUUUGUCAACAUAUUAUUCUAUUUACUUAAAGAGAUUCUUCAUGUAGGUUAGAUGUUAGAUCGGUAUGUUAAUUAUUAUUAUUUCCAGCUGUAUAAAUGUUUUACGCAUGUUUUACACUCAAAUACACAUCAGUUGUUUUUGCUCUAGUGAUGUUUUUUUUAGGUUAAUUAUAGAUAUUUAAUGUGUAUGUUAUUUGUCUGUAUUGGUUUCUAGUGAAAUAUAACAGUUAACCUUUAGCCUGCUGGUAGCAAGUGAUUUUGUCUUUGCAGCCAGUGCAGACCAAGAUCAGCCUGCACAUAUUCAGUCAGAUUUUCAGUGAUCACCCCAUUUAAUAAAUGGUGGUACUGCCCAUACUAAAUAUGGACCAGUCCAUUUUAGAAAUAUAGCAGGGUAAAGGUUAAUCAAAUUUCACUGCAUACACCCGUCAUUUUUUUAUCGUUAAACAUGUAUACUAUUUACGAUUCUAUUAACUAAAGGAGAAUUCAUAGUCUAUGAAUGUAACUAUUUUUGCUAAAUUUGUCUUUAGCAAAUAAAAUAUUGUUGCAAUUAUA